AUGCAUUUAGUGUUGAUUUUCAUACUCUUCGAUUUCGCCACGUGCUUUGACUCCAGAAAUGUUGUGUUUACAAUUGUCAGCCAGUCAGAGCCGUACCAUGCCAGUGUUGCCAGUCGACUUAGGCAAGAUAUUGAGAAGCAAGUCAUGGAGUUGGAAGGGCGGCGGCCAAUGGUGCACGUGACGCACGAGGAUUUCCCAGUGAGGGGUGCGUGGACUAUCAUACCUUUGCUGAGGCCACUCAUCGCGAAAUAUAGUGGUGGUGAUGUUCGUUGGGUGCUUUUCGUGGAGCCACACACCGCCGUCAGAUGCGGUAAGCUGCUCUCAGCGCUCGCCGCAGCCGAUUCCCGAAAGGACACGAUGUGGGUUGGGUAUCCGUUGAGUGACAACGAACCGACUAUCAUUCACCACUUCAUGAUCCACGAGGAACUUGAGGAGGAGGGGGGCUUUGUCUAUCCCAAUUUUCCAAGCGGUUUCGCCAUGAGAAUACAACUAAUGGAAAACCUGUUAAACGAAAUCGAAAGCGGCAAAAGGAAACUAGAGGCGGAUUUCUCAAUAGACCCCGCGUAUGAAUUGGCGCAACUGGUGUACGGGGAACCCAGUAGCCCGGGUCCGCUUCUAACACCCGAUAUGAGUUUCUGUGUGGUCUCCGGAGAGAACUGCGCCACUUAUCCAAGGCAGUUUGAUAUAUGUGGUAGUCCCAUUCCCGAAGAGUCAAUAUUCUUCGCGGUGAAGACCUGGAGCGGUUUCCAUUCGACCAGAGCGAAGGUGGUGAAGAAGACAUGGGGCAAACACGUCACCAACCUCUACUUCUUUAGCGAUAAAGCAGACCCGUCCAUUCCGACAAUAGAUACGGGCGUACCGAACACGAGGACGGGCCACUGCGCCAAGACGAUGGCGAUAUUGAAACGCGCCGUUGAAAUGGUCGAGGGCAUGCCGCACGUCAGAUGGAUCUUCUUGGCCGAUGACGACACGAUUUUAGGUGUACGGAGAUUGUGCGAAGUGCUGAGCUGCUACCGCGGCGGGCCCCACGCCACGGUGCUUGGCGAGCGCUACGGCUACGGCUACGGGAAGCCGGAGACCGCCGCCAAAGGCUACUCGUACGUGACGGGCGGCGGGGGCUGCGCGCUGAGCGUGGGCGCGGCGCGGCUGCUCAGGGGCUGCGCGUGCGCCUCGCCGCGCGCGCCCGACGACAUGACGCUCGGCGCGUGCGCGCGCGCCCGCAACGUCACGCUCGCGCACUCGCCGCUCUUCCACCAGGCGCGUCCGCAGGACUACCCGCGGGAGGCGGUCGCCCGCGACCGGCCCGUCUCCUUCCACCGCCACUCGACGCCCGAGCCGCACCGGCUCUACGCCACCUGGUUCCAGCACGACGACCUGGCGCUCGGCCAAGGGCGCCGCCGCGACGAGCUG